UGUUUAAGUUUUCAUAGCCAUAAGCUUCUAGAAUUGUCUCUCUUCUGAAUUCGUACAUAAACUUAUAUUUUUGUAUUCAUAAUCUUAAUAAUGUGCAUCUUACUUUCGUUAAGCUUGGUAGGAAGUUUCUUACAGAUACUGGAGUAGAUCAUCAUAAGCAUUUUGGAUUCAGUUUGUUAUGUUAAAUUUAACUAUGUGCUGCUGUGCCUCAUCUAAUUUCUAUCCCUUGUGUUAAGUCUUAAGCAAGUAAAUCAGCUGCUAAACGUCGAUAUUUCAAAUCCCACUUGACAAUUUUGUUUUUUUAACUCAACUUCUGAUUGCUGUCCGCAGAACCUGCAACUUGGUUUCGUGUUUAUCUUGUAUAGUUGCAUCUCCAAAUACCACUGUAUUCUUGGUAUUUUUUAACCGACUUUCAGAGAUAAUCUCUAUGUUUUCAGCCAGCACAUAAUUAACGCAAACAAACACUUGUUGGUAUUAUGUUCUGCUGCUAGAAAAUUUACCAUCUGUCCUUGCCAUCAAACAGAGCUUCUUUCAAUCUAGAUGGCCAAGUCCCACUUUUUGCGUUUUCAGAUCACCAAACCCCAAUAGUCUUUAUGUGAUCAGCCGUGGCACUGAUAUGCUUUUUGUUUAAUAGUCUUUAUGUGACUCAAACAUCUGAAUUUCAUCAGAUACGACAUUGAUAUGUUAAAGUCUUAAAGUCAUAUUGAAUUGUUACAUAUUGGUUCUGCUCACAUUUUUACCUUCUCGCGGUUUUGGUUCUUGUGUGACGGUAUAAUAAUGCACUCAACAUUGUUGUGGUUAUAUUGCUGCAGUGAUAGUAGUGCCUUUUCAGCAAAGAUGAUCAAGUGGUAAUAAUGGUCUGUGGUCUCCACCAUUUUUGAUGAUGUGGUAUGAUUUGCCUUCUAAGAGUUGUGAUUUGGAUAUCCACAACACUGUGCCUACCUCUUUAUUGUUGACCAAUGAUACUUAUUAAUGUGGUGCUUGGAUCUUCAUCCUUAAAUCAAAAUUAUUGUAAUACUUAGUGGUGGCAAAAUAAUUAGUGGCCAUUAAGUACCUUUAUCGUUUUUGAAUGUGGUAGAAUUAAUCAAAUGUUUCUUUGAAAACUUUGUGUUAUCAUAUUGUUGUAUAAAACUUGUUCCAGUCUAGCCCCUAUCUGAAUGUAGCCUACCCCUUAGCCUUGCACUUUGAUUCAACGGAAGCAACCAUUUCAUUUUUUUCUUUUUAACUAUGUCAGAACAUAAGCCGUCUUUUAAGCUUCCUGUGUUAGAUUUAUCUCAAUCUGUGGAGGUCUCCUCCCUAUCUGCCCUUUAUAAAGCCUGUCAAGAGUGGGGCUUCUUUUAUGUCACCAACCAUGGUAUCUCAAAAAUCUUGUUUGAUGAAGUUUGUUCGUGCUCAAAGCAAAUCUUUAGCAUUCCUCUGGAUUCCAAACUCAAGCUUGGCCCAUCAUCAUGCUUGAAAACCUAUACUCCUCAUUUCAUAGCCUCUCCUUAUUUCGAAAGCCUGCGGGUGUCUGGACCAGGUUUUUUUGCUUCUGCUAGGAGUUCUGCUGAUGAGCUAUUUAGUCAACAGAAGUGUGAAUUCAGUGAGAUAGUACAAGAGUAUGGAAACAAGAUGAUGGAGUUGUCAAAGAGGAUCAUAAAGGUUAUAUUAAUGAGUUUGGGUGAUGGUUAUGAUAGGAAGUUCUAUGAUUCAGAAUUCAGCAACUGUCAUGGGUAUUUGAGGAUUGUAAACUAUUCACCACCAAAGAAUGUAGAAGAAAAGGAGGUUGAAGGGCUUGGAAUGCACACUGAUAUGAGUUGCAUAACAAUACUUUAUCAGCAUGAGAUUGGGGGACUUCAAAUGAGAUCUAAGCAAGGGGAAUGGAUAGAUAUAUGCCCACGUGAGAAUGCUCUUGUAGUUAAUGUUGGAGACUUGAUGCAGGCAUGGAGCAAUGGGCGGUUACGAUCAUCUGAGCACCGGGUUAUUUUAAGGCGAGUUGUAAAUCGCCUAUCUCUUGCUUUCUUUUGGUGUUUUGAGGAUCAGAAGGUAAUCUCAGCACCAGAUGACAUUAUAGGAGAAGAAAACUUAAGAUUAUAUAAGCCAUUUGUCUGCUUGGAUUAUCUGAAAUUUAGAGAGAAUAAUGAGGAGGGUAAGUUUGAUAAAAUUGGUUUUACCGUAAAUGAUUUUGCAGGGCUGAAACUUGGGUGAUAUUAGAUAAGAAAUUGUAAUGCAAAGAUUGCAAAGGGUAGCAAAACUCUGAGUCUUUUUUGUCAUUGAAAUAGAGCCGUUGAGUCUUGUCUGCCUUAGUUAUGGCAGUGUUCUGAAUUUCCUGCUUGUAAACAAAGUUGGAUCUGAAGAGGUUGGGCUUGGAUCAUCUUGCUGUGAAGUAGUUUGUUGAUGAAAAAAGAAAAAACAGAAAAUAUGGUUGGUUUCAGGAUUCUUGUCAGGAGAUGAAUUAUGAGAAAAGUAGUGUUGAAAUUCAACAUUUUAUUUGGUGGGGCUCACAUAUUCGUUAGUAAUUGUAUGAAUUUUCCUGUUUUUUGUCUUUUCUUAAUUACUGAUAAUGGUUUUAUUGUAUAGGGAUAUUUUAAGUUAGUAUAUUAAUAUAAUGAUGAUAUUAUU